AUGCAGCCGUCUAAGAACCAGAAGCUCGAUGAAGAGAGCUUCGUGGCGUUCGACCAUGCCGCCGCCGGACAUGAGGGUGUCCGUUGCGAUGAAUCCGGCUCUCUCAUAGCGAAGCCCUGCACCCAGAAAGAGAUUCUAUUUUACGAGUCGGGUGCAAACCACCCUGCGUUUCAGAAAUACAUGCCUACCUUUAUCGGCUCGCUUCGUGCUGGUGCUCCCAAGGAGGCUCUUAAUCUAUCGACUGCCAAUGCCGAGACUCCACUAGUCAUUGCUUCAGCAGAGACGUCCACGGAGAAGUCUUCGUUACCUCUCGAAUUGGCCACACAGACCGAUAGUAUCGCUAUCACCAGACCGGCAAAGAGGCCAGAUGAGCCAUGGGUUCCGUCUGGCGGCAAGAAACUUGAUACUGGCCUGUCAAUCGUUCUGGAGAACAUUACAGAUGGGUUUGUUCGGCCAAACGUCCUGGACGUCAAACUUGGCGCGAGGCUCUGGGACGAUGAUGCUGUUCCAGAAAAGAGAGAGAAGCUUGACCAGGUGGCGGCCGAAACUACAAGUGGGAGCUUAGGAUUUCGCAUCGCCGGGAUGAAGACAUGGGCUGGUCAAGGCCAGGAUAUCACCAAGCUCUCUGGGCCGGACGUGGAUGUGUCCGCAAACCACCUGCCAUCAACCGCCAGCGAGGAAGUCAAAUCCAAGUCUAAAAUCAUCGAAUCAGAGGGCUAUCGUCGCUUUGAUAAAUGGUAUGGCCGGGGGUUCAACGAGCGUAAUGUGCAUGAAGGCUUCGAAACGUUCCUCGCUUCAGCAAAGGCUGGGAAGAUAGAUCGUUCAGCCUUUUUAGCGGCCAGAAUCGCCGCCGAACUACGAGCAAUGCAAGCCGUCUUGGAAUCAGAAGAGAGCCGUAUGUACUCCGCCAGCGUCUUGAUUGUUUAUGAAGGCGACCCAGAAGCUUUCGAGAGAGCACUCGAAGUAGAGAGCAAGGAGGCUACUAUAUCGGAAGGCCUGUCCACCAGGACUACCGGUCAUGGAGGCGAUAAUGAUGACGACGAUGAAGAGGAGGAAGAGGAGGAUCUACCUAAAGUCCAUGAUAUUCGUCUGAUCGAUUUUGCGCAUGCGAGCUGGACCCCUGGCCAGGGACCAGAUGAAAAUCUUCUGAGAGGUUUGAGGAACGUUGCGAAGAUUAUGGAGGAUCUAGCCAGGGCCUCCAACUAA